UCAUUUUUUGACACAAGAUCCUCUUAUGUGAAAGUAAGACAUGAAAAAAUAAUUAAAAGUUGUCUCAAAAGGUCACAUCGGCAUUUGCGCUCCACAGACAGUAAGACAGUUUCCAGACAUUGAUCGAGUCUCAAACGGGUUGUGCUUCCGUCGGCUCAUUUCCAGAAAGGUUAUUAAGUCAAAGUAAACUUUCAACCCAAACUGUCACACCACCUACCCCUGAGCCCCAGAUUAGGAGUGAGCGAGCAAGAUUCGAAUGCAGUUCGACAGAAUCCGAAAAGGUCAACCCUGGGGUAAGUGAAGAAAUAUGGAGCCUGGCUCAGUCAAAGGUCUCAUUAGAAAAUAUUCUAUCACAUCUCAGUUCCAGUUGACCUUCGACCUUUUGUCUCCGACAUGUAACGAGAAAUAAUGUUGUUGCGGGAAAGUUGCGAGAAAGUUGAGAGAAAGUUGCGAGAUUAUACUUGUAAAAGUUGUUGUAGUUAUUAGAUAUAAUGCACUGUAAAUAAUUUUAUGUUGCUCUACUUUUGUGGUUAGAUUGAGUGAUGUGCAGCGCUCCACCUCGCGACAGCUAUGACGUCACUAGGAGACAUGAGCCGUUGGGCUCCUCUAUAUGUCAUAAUCAUACAGCAGCAGCUGUCGUAUACGCGGUCCGUACGACCAUCCGUCGUGAUGUCGCACAGAAUUGUACAGUUAGUCCCCAACCCAGGGGUCACCCUCCAUGACGUGCAAAUCGCCAAACGCGGCGCCGCUUUUCAGGCAUCACGCGCGAGAGGUGAUGCACGUGCCGGCGGGAGGUUGUGAAGGGCUGGCAAAGGUAGCGGAGGAACAACAUCGCGCGCCUGACGAACUCGAGCAGACUGCUCCAUUAGCUUUUCUUCAUCGGCUAGACGAAACACAAACACAAGCUCUCGCCAUCUCAGCCUUAGCGCCGUGAAUAUUUCAGGGAAGAAGCAGAAAGAAAUUGGAUUCCCACCUCAAGGUGCGCGGUUCGUGCUAAAGAUUAAAGGUCAAGAUGAAUGGAAGUGCGGACAAGCUGUUGGACCAGGUUCCAGACUACGACUCCGGCACAUGCGAGCAUGACCAGGGCAGCUGGCUGCACAAGAACAUCGAACCCGUCGUUCACUGCAGUGGGAUCAUGGGUAUCAUUCUCACGGUCGUCGUCCUCAGCCGGAAAACGAUGUGCACGUCGACCAACUGCUACCUAACGGCCAUGGCAGUGGCUGACCUCGUCAUCCUACUGAUCCUGACCCUGCAUGUCCUCAUUGACCAGGUCCCCGACUGCCAGGUCAAGCUGAGGACUUCGUCACCGCCUUCGUCCACGUCACCACCAUCUUCGCCCAAAUCGCCCUCUUCGCCUCCGUCUGGUUGACGGUCAUGCUGGCUGUGGAGAGGUACAUCGCCAUCUGUCACCCGUUGCAGGCCAUGACGAUCUGCACCACAACGCGGGCGAGGGUCAUGAUCGUCUCCAUCUUUCUGAUCGCCUUUGUCGUUCGCCUGCCCAACUUUUGCGACUUCCGGCUCGUGCCCGUCAGUUAUAACCCCUCGAACAGCACCUCCAGCAGCGGCGCCUUCAGCAACAUCACGGUUGUCAAGACAACCAUCGAGUGGCAGCACAACAUCUACAACAACGCCGUCUUCUCCUACAUCGUGUCGGGCACGUUCGUAGGGCUGCUUCCCUUGCUGUGUCUCCUUGCUCUCAACGUGAGACUGGUGGUUGAGAUCAGACGCUCCACGAGGUACAUCAGGUAUCACUUGGCAGCAGAUUCCAGAAUCCAGUCCGUAAUCUCCCAUGAAGAGAAGAAGAUAACUCUGAUGCUCAUCUUUAUCAUCGUCACCUUCUUCAUCUGCCAAAGCCCUUACAUUAUCUGGAUUAUCAUCACGGCUGUCACCGACUACCACUUUAAAGCUUCUGCUGAAUUUGAGUUGUUUCACGACCUGGCCGUGAUCCUGCUCGCCAUGAAGUCUGCCUGCAACUUCAUCCUCUACUGCUGGUUCAGCGAGAAGUUCUGGAACACCUUCAAGCAGGUUUUCUGUCUCCGCUACUGCCUGCCCCAACAGCCACUCAACCGCCACGGCCACGGGUCCCGGGGUCAACAGAACCACCACCGCCCCUCCUGCUUCAUCACGCGCGAGACCACAUGCUGACGUCGCCAUCUUUUCCAUCCCUCUCCCUUCCGUGCGCGCGCAGACCACGUGACGCGAGCCGGAUGCUGUGCAACGGGGCGCAACUCCUGGCCAUCCUGAGCGCCAGCUUGAUGAGGAUGAACGAGGCUACGAAGAAAUUUUACUCUUGUCAGAAGACGAUCUGUAGAGGGGCUAGCCGUUGACCCAUGCUCCCUGACGUCACAUUCAGUGGUCAACUGUCUCAAAUCCUGUCAUGACUCGGAACGACCUUAAAAUAUGUCUGCUUUUCUUCUUCUUAAGAGACCAAGAAGUCCCACUUGCUUUUUUUUUUUUUUUUCCUGCUGUCCGCGUUUUGCGAGCUGAUGAAGACCUGGAAGUGUGCAGCCAGCAGACAUUGUAACAGCUGGUUUGUCUCACUGAGAUCGCAUUAAAAAGUUUUUUUUUUUGACAGUUAAUAACUGGCUUCAUGACGUCUGCCUUUAAUGGUGACUGAACACGAGCAUUUGCGUGGGGCAUCUCAAAGACAACUGUGCUCCGAAAUAAUAUGUUCUGCAAGACAUGCCAAUGAGAGGUCCAUUCAGUCCUUAUUAUCAUUAAAAAAAAUUAUCUAGCGACUGACAGCAUCAAAGAACUUUUUUCGAGCAGUCUUCAUAUGUGAUAUUUCAGAGCUCUCGAGAAAACGGAAGCGAUUAAGCGAUUCGCGAGGAAAAGCUAAUGAUCUUUGUAAGUAGCUGCUAGCUUUCUAAGAUUGAUUAAAAUGAAUUAACAUGGUGAAAUGAAGCUUUAAAAAAUUUUAACUGAUGUAUAGGUGGGUGCUUUUUUUGACCGUUAGAUUAGCUCGCAGACUGUUUCUAAUCACGUUGACUUUAGUCCUAUGUUCUCCGACUAUGUGACAAACAUAUGUCUAGUAUAUUCUGUUUUAUCUUACGCAAGUAAACACAAGAGCUCUGUUAUACACUUUCGGCAAAAUUUCAUUUUAAUGUGUUUUGUUCUUACUGAACUAAUGCAGAAUCACAAUCUCCCCAGUGGCUCAAGCGAACAAGUGGAUAAUGAUAAGAGUUGUACUCAGAGUGAAAACUGUCACGUGCUGUAAGCGCGAGCAGGAAUACAAACACUGUGCGAUGAGUAUUUGGAUGAAAAGAGUGCAGGACAGUAUUACUGCGACAAAUUUGUGUUGCUGAUUUAAAACGAGAGAUCAUCCUUUUACUAUCAUUUGAAUGGGGGAAGUUGUGUGUGUGUGUAAGUAUGUGCGUGAAGAUUGUAGAUAAAUGAAGAGAGAGAGAGAUUGUGUGUACGAGCUAUAUAUAUAUGAAUGUGUGUGUGCAUAGAGGUAUAUAUGUUAAUGUUUGUGUGUUCAUCUGGUCAUUUACCCGUGUAUCAAUGUCAUUUUUCAUCAAUUCCACAAAGCCUAUCAUUCUCUAAUAUUUCAACUGACUUCAUAACUUUGUUUCCAAAGAGUCACAUCGUGUUUUCAUAAUUUAAUCUCAGAAGGCAUUGCCCCUGAAGGUGUUACCAAACGAUCACAUUGAAACAAUGCUACAACAAUAAAAUGCAUAUAACAAUAUAACGAUUUGGUUGUUUGAUGCUUAUAAUAUGUCAUUACAAUUGUAAAUAUAUAUACCACAAUAUUUACCACUACUUUUGACGUUGAACAAAUCUAUAUUGUUUAUUGUCAGUCCAUGUUGUAGAUAUGUCCACCUCUUUUGUGCAUGUGGCGUUCAUAUUUGUCAAAAUGCAGUUGAUUGCUUGCAAUGAUCUUAACAUGGUGCAGCUGGCUGGAUUUAUCUGAACGAUAGCUCCCUCCUCCCUGUCCUAAUGUUCGCCAUAUUGCGACAGACUUCAGUAACCGUCAUCACGCAUCUGCGCCCUCAAUGUUUAACUUCUCCGCAGAAGGUAGAAUGUACUCUAAUAACUUUUAUUAACCUAUUUAGCAAUUUA